UCAGUUGUUCCCUCUAUAAUCUAUAUUUUCUUUCCGAUUUUUCUCUUCUGAGAAACCCUUUUCUUCUUUGGAGUUAAAUCGAAAUUUGGCUUUUAAAUCUUUCAUCAGGAAUCGAGGAUCUCUUACUCCAAUCUUUGAAUCAGUUCUUUUUCUGCUUAUUUAAGAUUGUUCUUUUUUGGGGAGGGGGAAAUUUUCUUAUACUGUAUUGGAAACAAGUUUUAUUGCAUAGAGAGCUUAGAUUGAUGAUCAUGGCAAAAAUGGUGAGGUUUUGUGAUUUGCCAAAGGAAAUAAUUGAGAAUAUCAUGUUGUGGGUGCCUGCCAAUUCUCUAGUACAAUAUAAAGUUGUGAACAAGUUUUUGUAUUCCCUUAUUUCGGGUUUGAUUAACGACCCAAAAUUUGUUUCCAACCACCUCCUCAUUGCCAAAAACCAAUCCUCUGCAUCCUUACUCUUCAAAUGGCCUUCCAACCAUGUCGAUCAUAGCUUGAUCGCAUACAAAUUGUUGACUGUAAACUAUGAUGAUCGUGGUGAGGACGAUCCUCUUAUGUCUGUCACAGAACCUCUCAUUAUUCAUUUGCCAGAACCUAUUGGUGAUGAAAGCUCUUGGUAUAGUAGUUAUCACUGUGAUGGGCUAAUCUUUUUAGUAAAUGAUGUUGGAACAAUGGCAAUAUGUAAUCCCGUUUUGAAAGAAUUCAUGUUUCUCCCACAACCAAGGAACUUGAUAUUUGAAGGGUCUCUUAGCUUUCCUAAUGGUGUUGUGGGAUUUGGAUUUGAUUCUGUAAAUAAGGAUUACAAAUGUGUUGCCAUUUGGUGCCAUAACAAAUGCAAAGUUGAGGUUUACACAAUGAGUUCCAACUCUUGGAGAGAGAUUAGCAUGUCUCAAGACAUUGUAAAUAUUAUAAUGUCUAAUGUUUUAGUCUGCCCUUUAUAUUGGGAAGGAGUUUGUUACUGGUUGGGGCAUGAUUUAGACAAUUAUUUUUAUGACUUUAUCCUCAGUUUUAAUUUGAGUAAUGAGAAAUUCCAUCUCAUACAUUUGCCACGCUUUGUAUAUUGGGACUUCACUUCUUAUUUCAUCGAGAUUUCAGUGUGGAACGAUUCAGUUGUACUGCUAUGGAGAGAUGACAGAGAGAAUAUCCUUCGUAUCUUAACAAUGGAUGUUGGUGAAGAUGCUUCUUGUUCUUGGACCAAAUAUGAGUAUAUUGGAGAUGGACCACUGGAAAAUAUUUGUUUCGGGGUACCGAUUCCGAAGAAUGGUGAGAUUCUAAAGGAAGUAAAGAAAGAUGGGCAUAAACAGUUGGUGUCUUUUAACAGUGAUACCCAAAAGAUAAGAAAUGUUGUUUGUGAUGUAGAUAGUACCAGUCUUUUAGGAUUGAGGGAUUGUUUCUUUGUAAAGAGUCUGGUUUCUGUUAGGAGGAGGAGGAGGAGGAGGUGAGGUGAUAUUGGAGCCUCAAAGUUAUGGAAGAAACUAAAAAUUGUAAUGGCAUGUUAUGUUACUACUAUCUUUAAUUAUUCAUAUAACUCUCAAUAUAUGCAUGUAUGCAUUUUCUCUGUUGGAGUGAUUAAGUUGAUUAAUUGUUCUUUAAAAGAAAAAUAGUUGAUUAAUUGUGA